AUGGAUGCUGCACUGCGCAGGGAAAGAGUCUUCCGCAACAGGGCAGAUCUCCUGAGCGAGUCUGAUGACUGGCUUCUGAGUAGAUUUCGCCUCCCCAGACAGGUCCUCUUGGACUUAUGCGCAGCAUUAGAACCCCGUCUAAAACGGGAAACUCGACGUACCUGUGCCAUACCUGUGUCGCUCCAAGUCCUGUCGACUCUAGGUUUCCUGGCAACAGGCUCGUUCCAGCGGGAAAUAGCUGACAGGUCAGGUAUUACGCAGUCCACCAUGAGCCGCAUCCUGCCUCACGUGUUGUCAGGGAUACGGGAUCUCGCUCCACUUCACAUAAGAUUCCCUUACAACAACGCUGAGCAAGCAAUGAUUAAGAGGGACUUCUAUGAGCUUGCCGGGUUUCCAAACGUUAUAGGGGCAAUUGACUGGAGCACCCAUGAUGCAUUCAUAUUCCAACACAGCAGCGUGGCAAGAAGACUACAGGAUGGCAUGGUGCACGGCUUUCUCCUGGGUGAUAAGGGUUAUCCUUUACUGGUAAAUCGUAUUACACCACUGCACAACCCACUCACAGCACAGGAGCAGCGCUUUAACCUGGCCCACACAAAGACCUGUGUGGUUGUGGAGCGCUGUGCAGGCCUGCUGAAGGGCAGGUGGAUGUGUCUCGAGCAUGCAGGAGGAACACUCCUGUACAAACCAGAGACGGUCUGCCUUAUAAUUUUGGCCUGCUCGGUGCUGCACAAUAUUGCGUUGGACAACCAUGUGCCUUAUGGAGAGGGAAUCCCAGAUGACCCCAUCGAGCAGGAUCCGUGGCCAAUUCCUCCUGCAGCUCGGGCCAUUCAAUUAAGGCAUUAG